AUGGGUUUGCCACUGUCUCCGCCCCGAUGGGUGAUAGCUCAAGUGAUCAUAUACCUAGCACUGUGCUCCUCUUUACAAUGCGGGAUUCCAAAAACUUUGUCCACCAUACCCGAAGACAGGGCAAUCACAGUCUUUCGUGAAGCUCCAUAUGUCACACCUGAAGCGUUUUAUAGACCUGCCUAUGUUACACCUGAAAUUAACCCCGGAAGUCGCGUGGCAAUCGCCAAAAACAAAAUCGUGGAUGCGCUCUUUAAAGAAGCUAAGAAAGGCCGCGCCCCUUCGAUCUGGGAGAUUAAACAUGUCAAGGAAAACUUGGUUCCCGACGCGAUUCAAGAGAUUUUUGGUCGAGCCCAGCAGUCCCCCCACUCUGAUGAAACUAUCAACGCAUUAAUCGAGGGCCUUGAAAAAUCUCUCAUGGGAAAAGGUUAUACCCCUAAUAUUCUCAAGGCGGCGAUUGCCUUUCAGCAGGGCCUCCUCUCGCUCAGCACCAGAACGUGGAAGGAUUCUUCCAAGAUGGCCGACACUAUUGAGUCGAUGCUUCAGCGAAACGGAGAUUAUAUUCGCCAGUUGCGUCGGAAUGAUCGCGUUGGUGAAGUGCUUCAGUCUACUUUAGGAACUUCUGAAAUGUUGGACCACAAAUUGUCUCCAAACUAUGCUACGAUAGAUGGUCUCGGAAAGAACAUUGAAUUCGAUCGAGGGUUAUCAGAAAUCUUACAGCAGAUUCGCAAGCUUGCGGAAGCAGAUUCGCCACGGUCCGCAAGCCUCUACAAACAGAUUCCAAAGCAAAGAACGGCAGUCCCAAUAUCUAGAGUGGUCUCCGAUGUCAAGAGCCCAUCUGCCAGACCUCAAACAUUAAUCAAGCAACUUCGCGAAAUCCUGAGCCCUCGAACGCCGGUUUCCUUCCAGACAAAAACCGCUGCUCUGCUCCUUCUCCAUCAUACAGCCCACUGGCAUCUUGAUCAAACUCCCCGAAUCUUGACUGACCAUAGUGAAAUGUUGGAGCUCAGAUUCUUGGCCGCCAACGCCCUCAAGCAUCUGUCUGACUCUGAGGACCAUACCCUCAUCUUUCCUGACCAUCGGGCUUUGAUUAAUGCCAGCUUAAAGUAA